UAUUCUUGAAACCUAUAACAGUCUUACAGACAAACACCUGGUUGGAUAUUUCAGCAAUGCCAGGAUAAGACGACAUCUUCAGAAAUCAGGACUGAUCUCCAGGAGUGGCAGAAUCAUACCGGAGAAGGAAUACCGCCUCAAUGCCAUAAGGAGGGACCACCAGAGACACGUCCAGGGCUGCUUGGCUGAUGCCAUAUAUCAUAAAGUCCUUGACAUUGAGCAUCAUCAUCAGCUGGGGAUUAACAGGAGACUUGACUGUUCUGCAAGGAAAGAGACGAUGGAGUCAGCCAAGAUCGAGCGCUUGAUGGGACAAGUGUCCCCCAUGUACGCCCCCCACCCGCCCGUCGCCCCCAGGAACCACCACGCGCUCUGUCCCUUGGUGUCCGGAGAGCGGACCGGGCGCUCGCUGCGGAGGGGACCCAGACUUAGAUUUGAUUAUGGUGAUGGACGUUAUUAUUUCCGAGCCAAGGAGCCUCCCGUCUCUAAGGUGAGGCAGAGCAGCGAGCUCAAGUUCAGGAACCCCAUGGAUUACAUGUCCGGUGCGUCACCGUACCGGCCCAGCAAGCGCCGCCGCCGCCGCGCGGCCCCGGUGCCGCCGCCGCGCCCGCACGUCGGGGACCGCUGCAUCCCCGGCAUCCGGCGCGGGCUGCCUGUCGAGAGAUGGUUCCACUCCACCACGGGCUUCAAUGAGCAGUUCUUGAUCAAUAAUACCAAUGGGUUCCCCAAGUCCCCAUUAUGCAGCAAUGCCCUGGUCACCAUGAUCUACCUAGGAAAGAGUAAGCACGUGUCACUCCGUGAUCACAAGGAUGAAAUCAAAGUCUAUCAGCAAUACUGUGGAACAGAAAACAUUUGUGUCUAUAAAGGCGACCUGUUGGAAGGAGACACCUUCCAGUUCAUCUCUAAGAGGUACCUUGGUUACCCGUUCAGCCUCACCUUUUUCCUGAACGGGCUCCAAGUUGACAGGCUGAGCUCUUGCUGUGAGUACAGAGGCUUUCAGACCAAGAGGCCUUGCCGGCUGCAGCGCAGAAACACCUACUUCAGGGUGCUCCACGUGGCAGGAGCCCCUCCUUGCUACAGGUGCUUUCUUGCGAUGGGUCUGGACAAAAAGCUAUACCCUCCCAAGAGGAAGCUGAAGUUCUACUCGAGGGCGCACAUGUGCUCCUGCUCUCCUUACUGCGCGCACAGCCAGCCCUGUGACAGCAACGUGCUGCCCAAAUCCAUUGAAGACUCGGUGUCACUCACCAUAGCCAGCCAAGAGGACAGCGUGGACACUAUCGACGAAACACUCGACUCUGAACAGGAGUGCUGCGAGGAAGAAGAAGAAGAAGAAGGAGAAGAAAUAGAAGGAGAAAUAGGAGAAGAAGUAGAAGAAGAAGCACAAACAGAAGACCGAUCUUUUGUGGAGACCGAAGGCACUGCUCAGGAAACCACCACUCAGGAAACCACCAGUGAAAGUGAAUAUGAUGAAGAUUUUGAAGAUGUGGAAGUUAAUGAAGAGGGACAGAUUGGUGAUCAAAUGAAUGGAAUGUCAAAGUCAUCCUCAAAUGAUAAAAACCGUAAUUUAGACUAUGGAAAGGAGAGUGAAACCUCAUCUCAGAAGGCACUGCAGGCCUCUGACAGUAAGAAAGAUAAAAGAUAUUCUGAUGACAGGGACUGUGAAGAUGAUCUACCAGAGAGGAGGCCUGCAGACUCUCUCUCAUCCAUGAGCACUCAGUGCAGCACUGAGACUGACUCGCAAGCUGAAAUGAAGGCAGACCAUGGGAAUUGCAAAGAGGACUGCAAUAUCAAAAGUACAUCUGAUAGUGCAGCACAUGCACACUGUGGAAAUGAGAAUGGGGAGAAGAAACUGCUCAGAGUGGAGGAAAAUCAAGAGAAUUCUGCACUGAAACAGAAAGGAAUAGAUGAAGCAGACAAGACAAAACCAGAAGAUCUAACAGCAAGGGAAGACACUAGAAUUUUUCAUGAAAACAUAAGGGCAAUGCAGCAUCAAAAUCCUGAGGUUAACGGGGAAUUCAAACAGACUGGGUCAGGAGAAAGUAACAUGAAUGAGGAGGAGGAAUGUCCUCCAGUGCCUUGGGAAAGCAGGGUAUUGAGCAAGGAGGAUGGCAACGAAGAGCCUCCUUGGCAUGAGGAAGGAGGGGUUUUUGAAGACUGCAAACCAGUCCAGGAGGAAACAGCAAAAGCAACUGGAAAUGAUCAUCCUGUGAAUUCUGACCCUGAGCCUGGUGAUUUGUGUGCCAAUGAGGAAGAAAAGAAUGCAGCAAAUACAGAGCAUAGUGCCAGUGGAGCAGCAGAUGGAAGGCUCCUGGCAGAAGGGAGGAGAAGCCUGGAUGUGCAGGAGGCAGCAGCACAAGCCGGGGAGGCGACAGGGCCGGGACAAGCCCCGGAGCAGGAUGGGGCUGCUGGGGGAGAUGCUGGCAGCAGAGAGGCCGCAGGAAAAGCUGCAGGGGCAGGGGAUGCACUGCCCCAGGCAGGCACGGGGGCUGCGCUGGGGGAAUCCGUGCCUGAGGAGGGCACCGUGGCACAGGAACGGCCCCCAGGAAAGGGAACAGGGCCGGCAGUGGAGCCGGGCACAGAGGGGUCACCUGGGGAGCAGCAGGUGCUGGCGGGGGGCAUGGACAGAGAGGUGGCACUGGGCAAGGCAGCAGCUGGCACAGAG